AUGAUCGGCGGUAUUUUCAUUUAUAAUCACAAGGGUGAAGUUUUAAUAUCCAAAAUCUAUCGCGAUGAUAUUGGGCGAUCCGUCAUUGAUGCAUUCCGCGUCAAUGUCAUUCAUGCUCGUCAACAAGUACGUAAACCAGUCACCAACAUCGCUAGAACCAGUUUCUUCCAUACUAAACGUGGAAAUGUUUGGGUAGCUGCAGUAUCCAGGCAAAAUUGCAAUGCUGCUAUGGUUUUUGAAAUGAUUAACCAUUUGUGCAACAGUUUUGUCUCUUACUUCGGUAAAAUUAAUGAAGAUUCAAUCAAGAAUAACUUUGUAUUAAUAUACGAAUUGUUGGAUGAAAUGGUCGAUUUUGGCUAUCCUCAAAAGACUGAUGUUGGAAUCUUGAAAACUUUCAUCACACAACAAGGAAUUAAAUCAACUACGAGAGAAGAACAAAAUCAACUUACUAGCCAGGUCACUGGUCAAAUUGGUUGGCGUCGUGAAGGCAUCAAGUAUAGAAGAAACGAAUUGUUGCUUGACGUUUUGGAAAAUGUCAAUUUAUUAAUGUCCGCACAAGGUCAAGUACUAAGUGUUCAUGUAUCCGGACGAGUCAUCAUGAAAAGUUAUUUAUCAGGAAUGCCAGAGUGUAAAUUUGGCAUGAAUGAUAAAGUCUCUGUGGAAGGCCCAGCAGGUGAUGCCAAUGCUGAGCGAAGAAAGAUAACGAAGCCUACAAUUGCUAUAGAUGAUUGCAAUUUUCAUCAGUGUGUUAGACUUAGUAAGUACGAGACGGAACGGAGCAUUAGUUUUAUACCGCCCGAUGGAGAGUUCGAGUUGAUGAAAUAUCGUACCACAAAAGAUAUUAGCUUGCCUUUCCGUAUUAUUCCCUUGGUUAGAGAAGUGGGUAGAACAAAGCUGGAAGUGAAAGUAGUAUUGAAAUCGAAUUAUAAGCCUCAACUUUUUGGCCAAAAAAUUGAGGUAAGAAUCCCUACACCAAAGUCUUGUUCUGGUGUGCAGCUUUUAUAUCAGAAAGGAAAAGCAAAGUAUAAAUCGAGUGAGAACGCUAUCUUAUGGAAGAUAAAGCGAAUGGCUGGCAUGAAAGAAAGUCAAAUUAGUGCAGAAAUUGAACUACUACCUUCGUCAGAUAAGAAAAAGUGGAAUAGACCUCCUAUCUCCAUGAAUUUUGAGGUUCCAUUUGCUUGUUCUGGAUUGAAAGUGCGCUAUUUGAAAGUAUUCGAACCUAAGAUAGGUUAUAGUGAUCAAGAUACUAUCAAAUGGGUGCGCUAUAUUAGUAAGAGUGGCUCUUACGAAACUAGAACAUAAAGUCUACCGUAAUCGAUAAUAUAGCGAAUAAAUUUAUGUUGUGCAAAUUCU